AUGUCAGAACUCUCAUUCAAAGGCCAUACCGUUGUCAUUACUGGUGCUGGCGGUGGACUUGGCAAGGCAUAUUCAUUACUUUUUGCUUCCCGGGGAGCCAACGUUGUCGUGAACGACUUCAAUGGCGCUGCGGCACAAAAGGUCGUAGACGAGAUCGUGCGGGCUGGCGGAAAGGCCGUGGUGAACACUUCAUCGGUGACCGACGGUGCAGCUGUAAUCAAGACUGCUGUUGACAACUUUGGUACCGUUACGAUACUUCUGAACAAUGCCGGUAUCCUGAGAGACAAGGGCUUCAAGAACAUGACAGACAAAGAGUGGGAUCAGAUCAAUGAAGUUCACCUCAAGGGUGCCUUCUCAUGCACAAAAGCCGCCUGGCCCAUCUUCCGCAAGCAGAAGUUUGGUCGCGUCAUUAACACCGCCAGCGCAGCUGGGUUGUACGGUAACUUCGGACAGGCAAAUUACAGCGCUGCUAAAGCUGCCCUCAUCGGUUUCUCUAAAACACUCGCGAGAGAAGGUGCUAAAUAUGGCAUCAAGUCGACCGCAAUUGCCCCUCUUGCCGCGUCUGCCAUGACCGAAACUGUUAUGCCCCCGGAGAUGCUCGCCAACUUCAAGCCUGAAUUCGUUGCUCCAUUCGUCGCAGCAAUCUGCCAUCCGGAUGGACCUGAUGCAUCGGGCAAAAUCUUCGAAGUCGGCGCUGGAUACAUCGCUGAAAUCCGCUGGGAACGAAGCAAUGGUGCUGUGAUGAAGACAGAUGCUUCCUUCACCCCAUCAGCCGUCAAGGCUAAAUGGAGCGAGAUCACUGAUUUCUCCUCCAAGGUUGACCACCCCAACCCCGGACCUGACGUCGACGCUGUGAGCAAGCUCAAAAUCGCAGCCAAACUGCCACCCAAUGCCCAAGCAUCACCCGAAGUUCGUUUCGAUGGUCAGACUGCCAUUGUCACUGGGUCAGGAGGCGGUCUCGGUCGCGCAUACGCCCACCUCUACGCUCGACUUGGUGCAAACGUUGUUAUCAACGACGUAAACGAGAAAGCCGCUAACGCUGUCGUUGACGAGAUCGUUCAAGCUGGUGGAAAAGCAGCAGCCGCCGUUUGUUCAGCGGAGGAAGGCGAAAAGAUCGUCCAAGUUGCCCUGGAGAAGUUCGGCGGUGUACAUAUCCUCGUCGCCAAUGCUGGUAUUCUUCGAGACAAGUCGUUCACGGCCAUGACCGAGCAAGAGUGGGAUCUUGUGGUAGCUAUUCAUCUUCGUGCCACAUAUAAGUGUGCCAAAGCCGUCUGGCCCAUCUUUUUGAAGCAGAAAUACGGCCGAAUCCUGACGACAACGUCGGUUGUUGGCAUUUACGGUAACUUCGGUCAGGCCAACUACUCGACCGCUAAAGCUGGCAUUAUCGGGUUGACUCGUGUCCUCGCCAUCGAGGGCAAGAAGUACAACAUUCUAGCUAACACCAUUGCCCCCACUGCUGGUACCGCCAUGACAGCCACCGUAUGGCCGCAAGAGAUGCUUGACGCCUUCAAGCCCGAUUUUGUCGCUCCUGUCGUUGGUUACCUCACGAGUGCAGCCAACGAAGAGAGUACCGGCGGUAUCUUCGAAAUUUCCGGUGGCUGGGCCGCUCAAACCCGCUGGCAACGCGCUGGUGGGCACGGGUUCCCCACCAACAGGCCUCUCACACCUGAAGAUGUUAUUGCUAAAUGGGGCGUCAUCACCAACUUUGACGACGGGAGAGACACCCACCCAAGCACGACAUCAGAGGCCGUGCAACAGCUGGUUGAGAACUUUGGCAAUACUGGUUCAGACUCUGACCCCAAAGCUUUCGCCGACGCUGAAGACUCUGCAUUGGUUACAGAGGCAAAGCAGCAGAUUUCUGCUCCUGUUGACUACCAAUUCACGGAACGGGAUGUCAUCCUUUACAAUUUAGGCAUCGGGGCUACCGCGAAGGAGCUUCAGUGGACUUUCGAGGGAGACGACGAAUUCGCUGCUCUACCGACGUUUGGCGUUAUUCCUCAGUUCCAGGCCAGCGGUGGUAUGGCUUUGGAUUGGCUACCUAAUUUCAACCCGGCCAAACUUCUGCACGGUGAACAGUAUUUGAGCCUGAAGGCUCCGAUACCGACAUCCGGAAACCUUGUCAGCGAAGCCCGGCUCAUGGAAGUCCUUGAUAAAGGCAAGGCUGCGGCGGUCACCUCCAUUGUGGAGACGCGGGACAAGGACACCGGAGAGCUCAUUUUCGAGAACCAGUCGACCGUGUUCAUCCGUGGUGCCGGUGGAUUCGGUGGCAGGCGAGUAGGGAAGGACAGAGGGGCAGCGUCUGCCAUCAAUGCCCCUCCUAAGCGUGCCCCGGACGCAACCUUGGAAGAGCAGACAAGCCCCUCUCAGGCCGCAUUGUACAGACUGAGCGGCGAUUCCAAUCCCCUGCAUAUCCUUCCUGAGUUCGCUGCCAUUGGGGGCUUUGAUCAACCCAUCCUCCAUGGCCUGUGUUCCAUGGGAAUCGCUGGCAAACAUGUGUUGAAGUCAUUCGGAGAGUACACAGACAUCAAAGUCAGAUUCGCUGGGGUUGUUUUCCCGGGAGAGACGUUGGUUACUCAUAUGUGGAAAGAAGGGUCCAAAGUUGUGUUCGUCACCAAAGUGAAGGAACGUGAUACCAUCGUGUUAGCCUCAGCCGCAGUGACUUUGAAGGAAAGCCAACCGAAGGCCAAGCUGUAG